GUGAUGUAAGAGCACCUGAAAACAAAAUACGGAUAUACGACUUGUACAUUCAGUAGACGCAAGUGUAAAGUCAGACCAGUUAUGCACUAAAAAAAAUUACGUUAAAAUACAUUCUGCUAAAGAAUGGAGUUCGUGAAAAGGCUCAAACUACAAGCUGUCAUAUGUCGGUCGCGUGUAUCGAUAAUGAAAUCAACAAUGCAGGUGUGCGAUGAAUUACUGUUUUCGAAAGAGUGUCAGCCAAUCAGAGCCGAGAACUGCGACGAUUUAAAGUUAAAUCAACCUUCGUGCUAGCUAACAGGCGGUAUUGUUAGCUUUCUCAAGCCUGGACUAACUGAAGGUUUUAAGGCUAAUAUCCGCUGGACGUCCUUCAUUUGUCAAAUGACCGCACAGCUUUACUUUACGGUUUACCUUUGGACAAGCCGUUUACCAGCGAUGACAGAGCUGUACUUUAUGGAGAAACACUCAGUCAAUAUUAGGAGGUUUUGCUGCUAAAACCAAACCCCGUGUUGACCACGAUGUGACCUUAGGAAACGCAGGCAGAGGCAGCCAUGAGCCCCCCACGCCAAUCAUCAAGUUCCCAUGGAGACAGGCCAUCCAUGGACACCCUGCAGAAGAACAACAGCAGCAACUCUGGUGUUAUUCUGGACAUUUCUGCUCUCAAGAUGGCAGACGUGGACUCCGAGGUGCCUCCUCUCCCACCUCGCUACCGCUUCAGGGACUUGCUUCUUGGGGACCAGACAUUUCAGAACGAUGACAGGUAUCAGGAGGAGUACAGUAUGGACUCAACCAAUGCCCAGGUGCAGGUGGAGUUCUACGUGAAUGAAAACACCUUCAAGGAGAGGUUGAAGCUUUUUUUCAUCAAGAACCAAAGGUCAAGCCUGAGAAUCCGUCUGUUCAACUUCUCGCUCAAGAUUCUCACCUGUGUUCUCUACACCGUGAGAGUCACUCUGGACGACCCCGAGCAAAUCAAUAGCCCAUGCACAUUAUGUCACAACAACAGUGGGACAAAUCUAUCAGAUUCAACACAAAUCAACUGGCACCUGAUUUUCUCGGUGAACAGACGGGUUUCUGUGUGGGCGAUACAGGUGUCAGUGGCCUUAAUCAGUUUCUUGGAGACCAUGCUUAUCACAUAUCUGAGCUACAAGGGAAACAUUUGGGAGCAGAUCUUUCAGAUAACCUUCAUAUUGGAGAUGAUCAAUUCAGUGCCAUUUAUAAUCACUAUUUUCUGGCCUCCAUGGAGAAACAUAUUUGUCCCCGUAUUUCUUAACUGCUGGCUAGCCAAAGGAGCCCUGGAGAACAUGAUAAAUGAUUUCCAUCGUGCCAUCCAGAGGACCCACUCUGCCAUGUUCAACCAGGUGUUCAUCCUCAUCUGUACAUUAAUGUGUCUGGUUUUCACUGGAGCUUGUGGGAUCCAGCACCUAGAGAGAGCUGGGAAGAACCUGUCCUUGUUUGACGCGUUCUAUUUCUGCAUCGUCACCUUCUCCACUGUUGGAUAUGGGGAUGUCACGCCUCAGAUUUGGCCCUCGCAGCUGCUGGUGGUCAUUCUCAUCUGUGUUGCUCUAGUUGUCCUUCCAUUGCAGUUUGAGGAACUAGCGUACCUAUGGAUGGAGAGUCAGAAGUUAGGAGGGAACUACAGCCGGCACCGGGCACAGACAGAGAAGCACGUGGUGUUGUGUGUCAGCUCACUGAAGAUUGACCUGCUGAUGGAUUUCCUCAACGAGUUCUAUGCUCAUCCUAGACUACAGGACUACUACGUGGUGAUUCUGUGUCCAACAGAGAUGGACAUUCAAGUUCGCCGUAUCCUCCAAAUCCCUCUGUGGUCUCAGAGAGUGAUCUACCUGCAAGGAUCUGCUCUCAAAGACCAGGACCUGAUGAGGGCCAAGAUGGAUGAUGCUGAGGCCUGCUUUAUUUUAAGCAGCAGGAACGAAGUUGACCGAACUGCUGCAGAUCACCAGACGAUUCUGAGGGCCUGGGCUGCAAAGGACUUUGCUCCAAACUGUCCUCUCUACGUCCAAAUCCUCAAACCAGAAAAUAAAUUUCAUGUUAAGUUUGCUGAUCAUGUAGUAUGUGAAGAAGAGUUCAAGUAUGCCAUGUUGGCGCUCAACUGUGUGUGUCCAGCCAUGUCGACCUUAGUCACUCUCUUGGUUCACACUUCCAGAGGACAGGAGGGGCAGCUGUCACCAGAGCAGUGGCAGAGGAUAUAUGGACGCUGCUCAGGGAACGAGGUCUACCACAUCCGCUUGUGUGACAGCAAAUUUUUUGGGGAGUAUGAUGGAAAAAGCUUCACCUAUGCUUCCUUCCACGCCCAUAAGAAGUACGGUGUGUGUUUGAUUGGUGUGAAGAGGGAGGACAACAAGAGCAUCCUCCUGAACCCCGGCCCGCGCCACAUCAUGGCUCCCCCGGACACCUGCUACUAUAUCAACAUCACCAAGGAGGAGAACUCAGCCUUUAUCUUCAAACAGGAGGAGAAACACAGCAAAGGUCUGUCCGUCACUGGCCUGUACGACGCCCCCUCCAGGCUGCCUGUGCACAGCAUCAUCGCCAGCAUGGUUGAUCAGACCACUUCCUAUGGCACUGUAGCCAUAGAUCUGCAGAACCCCGAUCCGCCCGAGGAAAGCAGCAAGCUGACCUUGCCGACAGAGAAUGGCUCUGGAAGCCGCAGACCAAGCAUCGCGCCGGUUCUAGAGAUCGCAGAUUCGUCGGCGAUUCUGCCCUGUGACCUCCUCAGCGACCAAUCAGAGGAUGAAACAAACCAGUCGGAUGAAGAAGGCUCUGUAGGGUCAGAUUUUGUGAAGGGUUACCCCCCGAACUCGCCCUACAUCGGCAGCUCACCAACUCUGUGCCACCUGCUCCCACAGAAAGCUUCAUUCUGCUGCCUUCGCCUCGACAAGGGCUGCACACAUAACAGCUUUGAGGACGCCAAGGCAUACGGCUUCAAGAAUAAGCUGAUUAUAGUGUCUGCAGAGACGGCAGGAAAUGGCCUCUACAACUUCAUUGUUCCGCUGCGCGCUUACUAUCGGUCCAGGAAGGAGCUCAACCCCAUAGUGCUGCUGCUGGAUUACCCGCCAGACAACCACUUCUUAGAGGCCAUUUGCUGCUUUCCAAUGGUUUACUUCAUGGCUGGCACAAUCGAUAAUCUGGAUAAUCUGCUGCAGUGUGGUAUAAUCUAUGCUGACAAUUUGGUGGUUGUGGACAAAGAGAGCACCAUGAGUGCUAAGGAGGACUACAUGGCAGAUGCCAAGACCAUUGUCAAUGUCCAGACUAUGUUCAGGUUGUUCCCCAGCCUCAGCAUCAUCACUGAGCUCACACACCCGUCCAACAUGAGGUUCAUGCAGUUCAGGGCCAAGGACUGUUACUCACUCGCUCUCUCCAAACUGGAGAAGAUAGAGCGUGAUAAGGGCUCGAACCUGGCCUUCAUGUUCCGGCUGCCGUUUGCUGCGGGCAGGGUUUUCAGCAUCAGCAUGUUGGACACACUGCUUUACCAGUCAUUUGUGAAGGACUACAUGAUCGCUAUUGUAAGGCUUCUUCUGGGUCUGGACACCACGCCAGGCUCUGGGUACUUGUGUGUUAUGAAGAUCACAGAGGAGGAUCUGUGGAUCAGGACGUACGGCAGACUCUUCCAGAAACUUUGUUCCUCCAGCGCUGAGAUCCCCAUUGGGAUUUACCGCACUGAGUCGCACAUGUUCUCGUCCUCGGAGUGCAAAGACGGUUAUGUUCAGUCUCAGGUGUCUAUUAAUGUGGAGCAUGGUGAGGACCAUAGAGAACGUGGAGACAACUGGAAGGAGAAGAUGGGGCACAAAAACUCGACUGCGAGCGACCAAUCGGAUCACCCGCUGCUGAGGAAGAAGAGCAUGCAGUGGGCGCGGCGUCUGAGCAGGAAGAGCACCAAACCGCCGAGUCGAGCCGAGCGCAUCUCGCAGCAGAGGCUCAACCUGUACCGGCGCUCCGAGCGUCAGGAGCUGUCCGAGCUCGUCAAGAAUCGCAUGAAGCACCUGGGUCUGCCCACGGUCGGAUACGAGGAUGUUUCUAAUCUCACUGCGAGUGAUGUCAUGAAUCGAGUAAAUCUAGGAUAUUUGCAAGAGUUGCAGGACAUUUCAGAGCAUCCAUAUACAGAGGGGACCAGGCCGUCAGGGCCACUCCAAGACGAGAUGAACGACCACCAGAACACUCUGUCCUACGUCCUCAUCAAUCCUCCUCCUGACACCAUGCUGGAGCUCAAUGACAUUGUGUAUAUAAUCCGGCCUGACCCGCUGGCACACAUGCCAGAGGACACACCGGUGGGUCAGGCAUGUGGCACCAGGAACCUGCAGGACAUUGGCAUGGAGACACGAGACGAGACUCACCUCUGAAGUCCCUCCCCCUUUGUGCUCAACACUCUGACCCUUAACCGCUAAGCCACACCUGGGCCGACGGAGCUCGUUUGUCUCACGCAGACGCAGGCUUGUCUCGGGUCGUCGUCCAUAGUGAAUGUGCAUUUUUGUGUCUCUCAGACCAGGAACAGUGAAGAUUUUCAGAUUUGCUUUGAGAGAUCGUCCAACUGAGCUGCUAGAGAAGGAUGCAUGAAGAGUGCCUCGUCAUAGUCCCGCCCCCCCCCCUGUCUGCCCUCCACACGCCCUCUGUACAAGCACAUGCCGCCCAAGCAAGACAACCUGAUCUGCACAUGACUCUCUCUACACAACCAAAGGUCAGAGAGUCGCUCACGUGAGAAAGUCCUUGGACACGCGAAGGAUUUAUCAGUCUUUUCUUUUCGUGCACAUACGUGAUAUGAAAUCAUCACUUCACUUAACAUGCUUUGCUCAGGGGUGACGCUGCUGCUUCUUCUUCAUCAGCUUCCUCUACCCUACGUCUGUUUUCACCUUAAUCUCGGGUCUCAGCUGCUCCCAGGGGUUAAAGGUCUUCACGACAAGUGGUCAGUUGGUUAAAAAAAAGAAAAAAAAACAGUUGGUGUAGCACCACAAUUUUUGACCCUAUAAUCCCUCCUCCACACGAUCUUUAAUUAAUGACGUUUUCUUUGUUUGUUUUUUUAGAUGUACAGUAUAUUUAUUAUUUACAGCACAUACAGUCAUUAAUGAAUAUUUCUUUGUGUUACUGGAGGCAAUUAUGUGUUACUUUAGUGUUUACUGUUCAUGAGUCUCUCAUAUCUGCUCUAUGUGCCACUCUGUUUACUCUAUUUCUUACGUAUUUGUUCGAUAUUUAAGGAAGGAAAACAAAAAAGUACAUUACCAAUAUGUGCCAUUCUGAAUCUAUUGUGAUGAAAAGUGUUUGUGUUUGUUUCAGAGCCUGAUCCACUCGUACACAUACAUACUGACAAAAGCCAAAGUAAAGGAAGUAGGUCAACAUUCGAUUCACUAACGUGUCAAUCAGCCAGUUUUUAGCUAUCGUUGAUUCAUUUAAUGAGAAUAAAAGAGCCGACAGUGAUUAUUACUGAUAAUCACUUUAUUUUCAUAGUAAAAGUCAAGAAAAUGCCUCCUCCUGCUGCUGUUGCUGCUGCUGCUGUCUUAACAUUUGAACUCUUGUUACAAACCAAUUCAAAGGAAUCAUUUUACAGCAGAGGUGUCAAACUGGUGGCCCGCGGGCCUCAUGCAGCCCACCACUUAAUAUCAUGUUAUAAUGAAAACAUGGCCCACGACCUCACCUUCUUUUAAACACAGCGUGUGGUGACUGAGGCUCAGCUGCCAGCGAUAAUUAAUAUAUAAUAUAAUAUGUCUCUGAUUUUAAUUUGCAGAAUUAAUGUUUUUAUUGUGAAGUAUCAAAAAAAAAACAUAUCAAAACAAGCUCUUUUACUUUGAAUUUCUAUAAAAUAUCAUCAUGAAUAUCUUAAUUACGACACGACGGAAGAAUAUUAGGGCCACAUGUAAAAAAAAACCCUGAGAUUAAAGUCAGAAUUCUGACUUUUUUCACAGAGGUCUGAUAUUAGAAAGAAAUAGUGAAUUCUGAGAUUAAAGAGAAAGUCAGAAUUCUGACUUUAAUCUCAGAAUUCAUGCUGGGGGUUAUUAUUUUUUUUUCACAUGUGGCCCUAAUACUCUUCCGUACGACACCAUGAUGAAUAGUGUUUUAAUUUUAAGCUCUUGCUACUGAACUACGUGUUUCUGAGCUGAAAUGUAAACGUUCCUAAUUGAACUUGCAUUGGAAAUAACAUUUGAGGAUUUCAUGACUGAUAUUUAUUCACUUUUGUGCAGAGAAUUUGGAGCAACAUUUGUUUGUUUAUAAUGAAAGUAAUGUCACGCCAUAAUCUAAAAUGAUUUACGACGUGUUGCUGUUUACCGUUUAUGCCACAGGUCAUUAAAGGAUCCUACUGUGUUUCCAUAAAUCACUGAUAACUGCCACGUUUUGACAGACAUUUGCAUUUUAACUGGAGCAACUUUUGAAAUGCGACACGUUUGUUUUAUUAAAUAAGUUUAGAAGGUGAUAAUCUCUUUGUUUCAGUCUCUUAACUGGAGGCUCUGAUUCAGUUUACAAACACGAGUGGCGGAAUCUUCAUGCAUCUGGCCAAUUUUCAAAAAUCAACAUCCAGACAUCUAUCAGACGUAUAUUUAAAAAAAGAAAUGACAUUUUUGAUGUUCUUUUUACUCAUUAAUAUAAGUCAAAAACCCUUUGUUGGUCAGGUUCUUGUGUUGCUUGUUCUUUCUGGUUAAUUUCAUUAGAAGAUGGUUGUAAAUAGUGAGUUGUGUUUUUUAAUGCAGUUUCAUAACAUUUAAGAAGUUGCCGUGGUCGUGGUAGCAGAACGGUUUUGCACAAAUACUAGCAGGCAUUUUAAUCUUUGACCUUCUGCAUUUACCAAAAAAAAUGGAUUUGAAACUUGAGCUGAGAAUGAAGCGCUCGCCAUUCCUGAUUUUUUGUGUCACAACAUAGUAUUUUCAUUUCUGGUUAUUGUAACGUAUUGUUUUGUUGUAAAUAGUAACUUUACAUAUUGAUUGUUUUCUUCAGUGUGUGCGUGUGUGAGAUAAAGUGAAAGAGGACUUGAAGUAUUUUUGCACUAAGCUCUGUGAGGAUGUCGAGAGCAGAGCAGCAUGACCCUUUAAUCUGAACCUGUCAACAUCACAGCAGAUUCCUGUGAAGCGAAGAUGAUUACACGCCGUGGAUUAUGUUGUUGUUUGUUUACCUUGCUAAUGUGCCAUUUUUUUUUGUUUGUCAUUACAUCAAAGAAAUAUCCAAGGACAGUUGUGAUGGUUCUGGGAUUAGCAUAAGAUUAUUUUAGGUACAAUUUGUGUAUUUUUGCGACGUGUAACUGAUCAAAAUGUCCCCAGAGGAGUCAGUUUACAGAGAGACGAGGAGUGAAGGCAUGAGCGAUGGCGUUGGAGGACACAAUCAGCAUGCAGAUCUGAACUUUUCUUUUUUUUUUUCUUUUUUUUUUAAGUGUGUGAAAACAUGAAAAAACAGAUUAAGGCACUGGACAAAAGACUUGCUUUGUGGAAUAUAUGCUCUGGUUAAGUGUCUUAAGAUGUUUGAAGAACAUGUGUGCAGAUUUGUCUCAGCAUUAGUGUCAGUUUGUAAACCUCUCACUCCCUUGCACCAAAGACCAUAGAGAAAAUCUGAUUUGAAAUCAUAGCACACAGAAGUCACUGAUUCAAGCAAGUUGUGUUAUUUUGCGACUUUGAUGUUUGAAAUCCUUAACUAAAAUGUGCCAAAGGUGACAGCAGCUGAUUCCAUGUCCCCAAAAGCUAAAAAAAACUUUAGUGUUGGAGAGAAACCUGUUCACAAAUGUACGUUUCCAGUUGGAAAAGAGCGGAAGAUAAAGCAGCAAACAUGUUCCUAAAACAUUUAGAGGUUAUUGAAUGAGCCUUUUGUUAAUGGCUUACUUCUGUCUGGUUUUCAUUGAGUGUGACCAGACUGUACCUGAUGCUGGUUCACUCUCCACACUUUGAAAAAAAAAAAAAGAAAAGCCUGAUCUAUCACUUUAACGUCUUCCUGAGUCCUCACUUGUGAUUAACCUCAACACUAGAUAAUAAUCACGCCAGACCUCUUUACUGUCCACACUCACACUAACACACGGGGCAUGCAGACACUAAACAGCAUGUUUUGAUAAUACAAGCUUGCCAAGAAUGAAACAUUUUCUACAUCUCACUCGCUAGAGGAACCCCGUCGUCAAAUCAACUGCUUGCAAGUUGGAGCCAUUAUUUGAUACUGUGUAUUUAUAUGAAUGGAUUGUGCAUGUUGUUUCAGUGUUGACCAAACGCCUCUGUACUAUGUUUACCUCCACUUUAUGAUUUCAAGUCACUGUUGGGGAAAAAAAAAGAGAAAAAAAAAGUGGUUGAUCCAUUUUGUACUAUUUCUUAUGAGAAGCAAGUGUCCUUCUCCACAUUUAAAACAUGAACAAAUAAAUGCUGCAUGCAGCCAGAUCGA